AAAGGAAAUAGGCCAAAACUUGGGGGAAUGUGGUUGGUUCUGACAGGCUGCAAGAGACCCUUCACAAGGGGCUGCCGCCUCAGCCUUGCACAGGGUCCCUUAAAGACAGAUCACAUCUGGGAAGGGCUCUUUGCAUAGACUCUUUGGCCUCCUGGGUUCCCUGAGGACCAAUGCCGGACCUCUCCCUCUGCUCCAAGGGGCUCCUGUUCCUUUGCACACUAUCGUCUGGCUUCUGGGAUCCUGCCUCACCUGUCUCCUUAGACCUGGAGGCAGAAAAUGUUCCCUCUGGAGAUGAACAGUCUAUCAGUGGCGGAAGCAGCACUGACCACCAUACUAUCCCUGGGGCUGCUGCUCAGCGUGGCCCAACACCUCUGGACCUGGCGCUGGACUUUGAGCAGAGACCGGGCAUGCGCUCUGCCCCUUCCCAAGGGCUCCAUGGGCUGGCCCUUUUUCGGAGAGACGCUGCACUGGCUGGUUCAGGGCUCCAGGUUCCACAGCUCUCGUAGGGAGCGCUAUGGGACGGUAUUCAAAACGCACCUGCUAGGCAAGCCAUUGAUCCGCGUGAGCGGCGCCCAGAACGUACGCACCCUCCUCCUGGGCGAGCACCGCCUGGUGAGCAGCCAGUGGCCCCAGAGCGCGCGCAUCCUGCUGGGCUCUCACACGCUUCUGGGGGCAGUCGGGGAGCCCCACCGGCAGCGGCGCAAGAUUCUGGCCCGAGUAUUCAGCCGUGCGGCGCUAGAAAGCUACAUGCCGCGCAUCCAGGCCACGCUGCGGCGGGAACUUUGGACUUGGUGCGGGGUCCCGGGACCGAUCUCGGUGUACUCGGCCGCUAAGGCUUUGACCUUUCGCAUCGCCACGCGGAUCCUGUUGGGUCUUCGCCUGGAAGAAAGCGAAUGCAAUGAGCUGGCCAAGACGUUCGAGCAACUCAUGGAAAACCUCUUUUCCCUGCCUCUGGACGUGCCCUUCAGCGGACUGCGCAAGGGGAUUCGAGCCAGGGACCUGCUACAUGAGCACAUGGAGAAAGCCAUUCUGGAGAAAUUGCAGAGGAGUGAGCCUGGAGGACAAAAGGAUGCUCUGGAUUUCAUCAUCAACAGUGCCAGAGAACAAGGCUGGGAACUCACCAUGCAGGAACUGAAGGAGUCGGCCAUUGAAUUGAUCUUCGCUGCCUUCUUCACAACUGCAAGCGCGACCACGUCCCUCCUCCUCCUCCUCCUGAAAUAUCCUUCCUCCAUAGAGAAAAUCAGGCAGGAGCUGGCUUCCCACGAACUGACCAGACAAUGUUUCUGCUGGCCUCCUCUGGGCCUCCCAGACUUCCCCAGGCUAGAAAAGGCCCUGCAUUCAGAGGAGCCCCCUGGAAGCCCGGGCUCUCAGCAACCCUCGCUCUCCAGAGAGGAAGAGAAACGGAGGACACCUGGAGGCAGGCUAGAAGUGGGUGGAAAGACCAGCUCUGCUCUUCAGCCGCCUCCCGUACCCGCAGCCGCUGGGUCGAAGGAGAAAACAAGCCCUGGGAACGGCUGCCUGAACCCCAAGCCGCGAGGAGCGGACAGCGAGCGCUCCUGUCCAGGGCUGGAGGCAUCGAGGGGGCCCGAAUGUGAGUGCGAAACUGACCUCACCCUGGAGACGCUGAGCCGCCUGCACUACCUGGACUGCGUAAUCAAGGAGGUCUUGCGCCUCCUACCGCCAGUGUCCGGGGGCUACCGCACCGCGCUGCAGACCUUCGAGCUGGACGGCUACCAGAUCCCCAAAGGCUGGAGUGUGAUGUACAGUAUCCGGGACACUCACGAGACUGCGGCCAUCUACCGGAGCCCGCCCGAGGGGUUCGACCCCGAGCGCUUCAGCUCCGCUUGGGAAGAGCAUCAUCGGGCAGCUGGACGUUUCCACUACAUUCCGUUCGGAGGCGGCGUGAGGAGCUGUAUUGGCCAGGAGCUGGCCCAGGCCAUCCUCAAGCUGUUUGCUGUGGAGCUGGUGCGUUCUGUACGCUGGGAGUUGGCCACGGCCAGCUUCCCGGACAUGCAGACCGUGCCGAUAGUGCACCCAGUUGACGGGCUCCAGGUCUUUUUCUACCCACUCCCGCCCUCCUGCGGCCAGGAGCUGGUGAGCUUCUGA